AUGUUACCCAAAGGUUUUUCUUGUGACUCUCUUGAGAUCUCCUGUGUGACUGACAUCGUGAAAAUUUCCAACACUGCAGCUACAGUUUUCCGCACCAUAAAAGACGUAUUGCCUGAAGGAUAUCGUUGUUCGAGUGAGACAGGGAAUCUGAUCAUGGAAUGCUGUAUGGAAUUUAUGCGUAUGAUAUCCGACGAGACUUCGCAACUUUGUGCCAAGGAAGGGAAGUCGACCAUAGGGGCAGACCAUGUCCUGAAGUCACUGGAGAGCCUGGGAUUUCACGCAUGGAGGAAAGACCUUGACGCCGCGCUCUCAAGCCACAAGGAGGUUUUAAUCACCACACGGUUGUUCUACACUCAAAACUUGAAAGAUCUCCAAGAAGAAACCCAAGAUGAACAAGAACCCAAUGUUGAACAGUGGGCUGAGGUAAGGAAAUCUAUGCAGGUCAUGAGCAAGCCAUGA